AUGCAGCAGGGAGGAGGAUCUGAAACGGAAGUUACAUGGGAGGACCAGCAGAAUAUCAACAAAUUCGGAAGGUUGAAUAAUCGCUUACACGAGCUUAACGAUGAGAUCAAAUUCGCUAAGGAAGCUAAUGAUAAUUUGGAGGAUGCGAGCAAUGAGUUGAUUCUCACUGAUGAAGAGGUUGUUCGGUUUCAAAUAGGAGAGGUUUUUGCUCAUGUGCCGAAGGAUGAAGUUGAGAGCAGGAUAGAACAGAUGCAAGAGACAACAAGCCAGAAAUUGGAAAAACUUGAGGAGGAGAAACAAUCUGUGGUUGCUCAGAUGUCCGAACUGAAGAAAAUUUUGUAUGGGAAGUUCAAAGACUCUAUCAAUCUUGAGGAGGAUUAG